UCCACUCCAGCGAGCUCAUUGUCUCGCGUCUACAUGUUAGCACUAUAGCAGGAGCGAGACUUGUUGCUGAGACAUUCGCGUGCAUGCGUUUGAGGAUACCUCACGUGAGAUCCUGACUUCUCCCACAAGUUCCACGCAGCAGUGUAGUCUCACUAAUUCGGAGCUAGUGCAGAGUUAGAGGUAGCGUGUGUGUCAGUGUUUCGCUUUACGCGUCUGCCAUGGCUUACCACGCCGAAUUCAACAUGUCUCAGAGGAAGAGAGGUGCUGUUGAGAUGGAACCACCGAGUCCUGAUCCACGUCUCAUAACGUACUACCUCGACCCGUGUAGGCGUGCCAACCAUGCUCGGCAUCAACAUAACGCCUCGGAGGAGUGCGAGCCACCUAGUGUGAAGCGGCUAACGCCGAACCCGCAGGCAGCGCCGCCUACGCCGGGCGAGCUCACGGUGGCGACGGAUCACCUCAGUAGUCUCCACAUCAGAAACGCUUCAUUCAGGAAUCCAAGCCUCGAAUCGAUGCCCAGCACACACAGGACGUCACCGCUUCCUGUGCUAAGCUGGGCAGAUUCUGGUGAGAUGUGGUCACUAAUGUGCAAGAAGGAUUGUCUGUAUAAGAGAGACAUUCGAAUGUUAGACCACCAUCCAAGCCUUCAGUCUCGCAUGAGAGCCAUACUACUCGACUGGUUGAUAGAGGUGUGUGAGGUUUAUAAACUGCAUCGGGAGACUUACUACCUAGCCGUUGAUUACAUCGAUCGUUACCUGACUGUUGAAACUAACAUUCCGAAACAGCAGCUACAACUUAUAGGAAUCACAGCACUGUUUCUCGCGUCAAAGUUAGAGGAGAUUUAUCCGCCGAAGCUGACAGAGUUUGCCUACGUCACCGACGGCGCGUGCAAGGACAACGAAAUCCUCGAUAAGGAACUCGUCAUGUUGAAGAAGCUAAACUGGGAUCUUACUCCGAUGACCGUUAACUCGUGGCUAAACAUCUACCUGCAAGUGACGAACCAGGACAACUGUCAGGAAGGUGACGACGCGUUGCAGGUGCAAUACUCGCCACAGGUGUUCGUCCAGUUAUCACAGCUCAUAGACCUGUGCAUGCUGGACAUCGGCUGCCUACAAUUCUCCUACAGCGUCGUCGCAGCUGCUGCCCUUUAUCACUUAUCGUCGGAACACGUGGCGCUAUCUGUCUCUCGUUUCAAGUGGCUCGACAUCAAACCGUGUGUGAACUGGAUGGCUCCGUUCUCGACGGCCGUGAGAGACAACGGCGGCGUCGACCUCAAGCAUUUCCAGCAGGUGUUCACCGACGACUUUCACAACAUCCAGACUCACGACGUCGACCUGCCGCUGCUGGAGAGGGCGCAAGCACGACAACUAGAGAUCCAGCAAUCUUCCAGGUCCAGCCCUGUGAUGGGAUUACCUGCUAGUGCUGGGAUGCUCACUCCGCCAGAAAGUGGGAAGAAAGAGCCGCCACAGUCGCUAUAGCAAUAAUAUCUACGGUAACAACAGUCACAACCUGUGUACAAGUCCGGAGCGCAGUCACACGCUGGCAAUGUGCAAUUUAUCUUCUACGACUCUUGUUCUAAACAGUCCUUUGUUAUAGAUGUGUACACAAGCCUAGAAGGCAGUACGUAGCUGCAUUAGGUUACUUCCAUAGUCAGAUAUAACAUAGUUUUAAUAUGUGUAAAUUUUAUAUGGCCUUGUAUGAAGUUUUUAUCUUGUGUCCACAUAUUGUUACAUCCAGUGUUGAGAGCAUAUUAUUUUAAUACCUGGGAUUCCAUUUUCCCUUCUUAAUGCCUGUCUACUGCCAUUCCAUUUAGUAACCCAUUAUAACAUUUGGUGCCUCUAGUGUCUCCUUUUUGUAUAGAAAUUGGGAAUAUAGGUGGGAAGCAGCACCAGGUACCUCUGCACGUAUGACCGCAAACGAGUCUUUCAUAUAAGUAAUCAUAAGUGCUUAAGUAUUUGUUGUCUUCCGUUGUGCAGAAAAGCAUGUUACAUUCAUACAUGCAUGUGUCACCCACCACCUGUACCAGAGGUUAGGGCAAUUGAAACUGAAGCAAGUUUGACACAAGGAGUGAAAUGAAAUGAGAGUAGAGAAUAUUUAUUUAUUAUAAAGUCGGCUGAAUCUGAUACGUACAUGUCCUUGCAAUUUAAACAGCCGUGUGCAUGCUAGCAAGAUGAGGAGCUGCAUGAGUAGUGGGUGUUUAUCAUUUGGUGACGGUGAAGUUACAGAAGCGGAGACAAUUAACAAUAUUCACUAGUUAUCUCACGUUGUGAGAUUUACACCAAAUAUAGAUUUGUAUAGCGAGGGAAACCAUAUCAAUGAAAUUGGAGAAUUGGUGAUUUAUUUACCCAUACGUUGAUGUGUUCGUUGAGUGUUGAAUUGAAUGCUUGUAAAUAGAGAGGUGUGUAUUUAUGUUUAUGCUUCACACAGUUAUGCCCGUUUUAACUGCCAAAAUACGAUGCAAAUGGCGACUUGCACGUCUAUAUAUACUGACCACGACCACUCCGUGUUUAAUCCGAGUAGUGAGGCUUAAUCGCAAAAUGAAAUGUAGGAAGAGUUUGCCUAAUAUAUUGCUAUAUAUACAGAAGCCAAAUCAACAUAUAAAUGAAAUAUGCAGAGCAAUGUGGAGUGCUACGCUUCAAGGGGACCAAGUUUUAGUGCCUAAAUGUUAUGGAUUUAUAUCGUAGGGCAGGGUUCGAUUAAGCAUGUUUUUGCACGAACACCACUGCGAAUUUAUACAAUUAACACUUUUGUCCAUGUUUAUAUUAAUUGUAAAAAAUGAAGUUUUACAUUGUAAAAUGUUUGUAAAAAAUGUAUGAAUAAAACUGUUUAACUUUGUAA